UUAAUCCACGCGCUUGACUUAAUAUAGAAGAAAGAGAUUAGUGUAACAGAUUUCCCAAUCCGUGGCAAAACCUCGCUCCCAAAUCAUGGCGGCAUCGUCUCUCUCUUCUUCUUCUUCUUCCGAUUCUUCCUCUCACCGUCGCCGCCGUCACCACCGCAGUCGUCGAGACCGCGACAAGGACUCCCUUAAGAUAAAAAAGAAAUCUAAAUCUCACUCCCACACAAAACGACGUCGCAAGCAUCAUCGCUACUCUUCCGAUUCCGAUUCUUAUUCUUCAUCCUCUCUCUCUGAUCACUCCAGAAGUGAGAGUUCUUCUGAUAGUGAACAUGAAUCGUCUCAUCGAUCAAAGAAGCACAAAAAGAGUGACAAACCGAAGAAGAAUAAGGAAAAGGAGCGAAGUAGAAGUCAUCGCCAUAAGCGGCAGAAGCAUAGCCUAAAAGAGAAGCAGAAUGGUGAGAAGAGCAGCAGCCCUGUGCAGCUUUCCAAGUUUUUAGGGCGCAACAAAGAUGACGGUGUCCGUCGCAGUGCUGUAUCUGGAAAGAAGAUUCUUCUCAAACUUGAUAAAACAAAAGAAGACAAGGAGGCCGAGAGCAAGAGAAAUGAACUGCUAAACUUUUUAAAUGCUAGUUUUGAUUAGCAUUGAUAAGGUAUGGUUUUGUUAGAGGGUACAACAAAGUAAAGAACCAAUUUUACUUUCUCGGGGUGCUUAAUUAUUUUGCUAUUGUCAGAACCAAGCAAUCUACCAUUUAGUGGGGGUGGGGUGCAGUAAAACUGUGCUUACAACUGAAAAACUGCGAUUGAGUUUGUUCAAUGUAUGGUUCAUGAGCUUUGUAGAAUGACAACCUUUUGACCCACAGGUCCAUUGAAAUCCAAUCAUUGUGUUAUUGUGCCAA